CACAAAUUUCAAAUUUCUCCGCGAACACGUCCAGUCCGCUCCACAAAAUGGAAGAUCUACGUGAAUCCUCGAUGCGGUUCUUCUCCGAUCAAAACCUUUGCUACGCCGAUAUCGUUCCUCCUUCUGAGGUUCGAGCGAGAAUCGAAGUGACGGUGCUGAAUUUCCUCAGGAUCUUGACUGCUCCUGCUCCUGCAAUUUCCGAUCUGUCUCUGAUCAGUAGAGACUCGAGCAAUAGCCGAGUGAGUCAAGGGCUGUUGACUCAAGUGUCAUGGAUUUUCCUCUCUCACUCGUUUUGCUCAAGGUCUUUGAUGAGAGCCAAUACCGCUAAAGCCUUCAUUCGAGUGUGGAAGGUGAUGGAGAUGUGCUUUCGGAUUCUGGUGCAAGAAAAACGCGUCACGCAGAGGGAGCUCUUCUACAAAUUGCUUUGUGAUUCCCCGGAUUAUUUUACCUCUCAAUUGCAGGUUAACAGAACAAUCCAAGAUGUUGUAGCAUUGCUUCGGUGCAGCCGAUAUAGUCUUGGAAUCAUGGCAUCUAGCCGAGGACUUGUUGCCGGGCGCCUGUCGCUGCAGGAGCCAAACCAAGAGGUUGUGGAUUGUUCUGCAUGUGGAUCAUCUGGGCAUCCUAUUUCUGGUGACCUGAGUUUGCUAGAGAAGUUGGUUUUGAAGACAGAUGCACGGUACAUCAUUGUAGUGGAAAAGCAUGCAAUAUUCCAGCGGCUGGCAGAGGACUGCAUAUUCAAUCAAAUUCCAAGCAUUCUUAUCACGGCCAGAGGGUACCCAGAUAUUGCCACAAGGUUUCUUCUUCACCGAUUGAGUCGGGCCUUUCCGCACUUGCCGAUUUUAGCACUGGUUGACUGGAAUCCAGCCGGAUUAGCUAUACUCUGCACCUUCAAAUUUGGAAGCAUAGGGAUGGGCCUGGAGGCAUACAGAUACGCUUGCAAUGCGAAAUGGUUGGGACUUCGAGGAGAUGAUUUACAGCUGAUAUCUGAACAAUCUAUGGUUCCACUGAAGCAGCGGGACCUGCAAAUUGCUAAAAGCUUGAUGUCCUCAGAAAUCUUACAGGAGAACUAUAGAGAAGAGCUGGCAGUAAUGGUUCAGCGUGGUCAGAGAGUAGAAAUCGAAGCUCUGUACUUCCACGGGUAUGAUUAUUUAGGGAAGUACAUAGCAAAGAAAAUUGUUCAAGCCAAUUACAUCUAAUAAUGUUCCAAUGGGUAUAGGAAGAAGUUGCUCAAGGAGAUGGAGACGAGCAAAUUGCUAGUAAGAUAGAAAUAUGUGAGAACAUAGCUGUUAUACACCUGACACAUUGCACUUAAAAUGGAGAGAAUUAUAUUCAUGUUGGAGAAAUCUGAUUCAGAUACAACUUAAUUGCACCUAUUAGUGAC